CACUGAUAAGAAGAUCCAAACCAUCAAAAUGUCGGCGCUUUCUAUUAGAGCCACCCCUUUUUCAAGCCACAAAACAGAUUCUCAGCAUUGGCCGGCCAAAAUAAGAGACAUUCAUCCAAGAAUAAUCCUAACAUGUGGAUUAGAUCCAGACCGUCCAUCUUCACAAUUUUUUUCAUGGCAGCCCUGGGGGAUAAACCAUGCCCAAUAAAAUAAAUAAAUAAAUAAAUCUCAUCAAUGGGACAAUCAUAACCUUCCAAGUUGUGUCCUCUAAAUAGACGUCCAAGAAGCGAGUAAUGUCCAGUUUCAACUGAAAAUGUCCAAAGAUUAUUAUUUUAUUUAAUUUAAAAUUUUAAAGAAUGGUCCACCCACAAUUAUAUAAUACAGACCAAUGGUUCAGAUCAUCCAAAAAUGGUCCCCACUUGUCAGAACUGAAAAGGGUCAAUCACGUGCCUCUGGUCGACAGCUCAUGCUACUAAAAUUAGACCUUACAACCUAGUGCCAUUCAGGAAUAUAUACCAUGUCUCAUAUAAACCUUCCAUAAACCAUUUCAAGGUUUCUCAAGAGAGAGAGAGAGAGAGAGAGAGAGAGAGAGAGAGAAUGGGAGGUGGGCCUUGCACAGGUCUACUAGAGUCAUGCAGGGAUGCUGAGAAGCGUCUGAACAAAACAAUCUCCAAGAGCAUGGUUGGAAAAUACUUCAAGCUAGAAGCUCGAAAGACCUGUUUCACUAAGGAAAUCCGAGCAGGCAUUGCCACCUUCCUCACCAUGGCUUACAUUAUCUCAGUCAAUGCCACCAUACUCGCAGACUCCGGCGCGACGUGCACUGUCUCCGACUGCACGUCGCACUCCGCUAACAUACACACACACCCACACCACAUUCAUAAACCUGGUCCAGAAUGUAAGUUCCAAUCAAACAUAGGCUACCAAAAAUGUCUAUCAAAUGUCAAAAAAGACCUUAUAAUGGCUACUGUCUUGUCAUCUAUGAUUGGGUGUUUUGCAAUGGGUAUUUUAGCCAAUCUGCCAUUAGCCUUAGCCCCAGGCAUGGGAGCCAAUGCCUACUUUGCUUACAACCUAGUGGGCUUUCAUGGGUCUGGGUCCAUAUCUUAUCAAACCGCUCUCGCCAUCGUCCUACUCGAAGGAUGCGCUUUCCUCGCCUUGUCUGCAAUUGGGCUACGUUCAAAGAUUGCCCGUCUCAUCCCUCAGUCAGUCCGGCUUGCUUGCGCGGCCGGCAUUGGUUUGUUUCUAGCAUUUGUUGGGCUCCAACCCCACCAAGGUGUGGGCCUUGUGGGCCCUAAUAAUUCCACAUUGGUCACACUCACAGCUUGUGCUCACACCAACCCCCUGACUGGUGCAUGUGAGGGUGGCAAGAUGGAGAGCCCGACGUUCUGGCUCGGCACGGUCGGGUUCUUAAUCACGUCGUAUAGCUUAAUGAAGGAUAUUAAGGGUGGGAUGAUAUAUGGGAUUGUUUUUGUGACAUUGGUGUCUUGGAUUAGGGACACUAGUGUCACAUUUUUUCCAGACAGCCCAGUUGGGGACACUAGUUAUGAAUAUUUCAAGAAGGUUGUGGAUUUUCAUAAGAUCAAAUCCACAGCUGGGGCCUUUAGUUUCAGUGAUUUCAAUAGGAGUGAUGUUUGGAUAGCUCUAGUUACAUUGUUCUAUGUGGAUGUGCUUGAUACUACUGGGACAAUGUACUCCAUGGCCCAAUUUGGAGGAUUUGUGGAUGAAAAGGGUCAUUUUGAAGGUGAAUAUCUAGCAUUUAUAGUGGAUGCAAGCUCUACAAUCGUUGGAUCGGCGCUCGGAUCGUCCACUCUCACGACGUACGUUGAAUCAUCGGCGGGGAUCAGAGAAGGGGGAAGGACCGGGCUAACGGCACUGACGGUGGGGAUUUGUUUCUUCUUGUCCUUGUUUUUCACCCCACUGAUGGCCAGUGUCCCACCAUGGGCUGUGGGACCCUCUUUAGUCCUGGUGGGAGUGAUGAUGAUGAGAGUGGUGAGGGACAUUGAGUGGGGGGAGAUUAAGGAAGGUGUGCCAGCUUUCUUGACCAUGUUGCUCAUGCCCCUCACUUACUCUAUAGCUAAUGGAAUUAUAGGGGGGAUUGGGAUAUUCAUAGCCCUUCAUUUGUAUGAUGGGAUUGUGUGGUUGUGGAAGUGGAUGGUGAAGAUGUGUAGGAGGUUGAUGGGUGGGGCCCAAAAUCAAGUGUCUGCAACAAGUGGUGAUCCACCUACUGUGCCUGUUUGAUGUGGCCCGUUUUACCUUUCUUUAAUGUAUUCAAUUUUAUGUGGUCUUCUUUUUC